AUGUCAUCUGGCAAUACAUGCAGCGGUUUCAACCAUGGAAUGCAAAUGGUAGCAAAUUAUGGCAGCAUCAGUGCACAAUUUGGCCCCAAAGACGACCAAGAAUGCCUGAAGCAUUUGCGAGUAACGAACCCAUGCGAUGAUAAAGAUCGGAUUGAAAGCGACAAGGGUGGACUUUUGAAAGACUCAUAUCGCUGGAUCCUCGACCAUGUCGAUUUCAAGCAGUGGCAAGAUGACCCAGAGAGUCGGCUGCUCUGGAUCAAGGGCGAUCCUGGGAAGGGCAAGACAAUGCUCCUGUGCGGAAUUAUUAAUGAACUAAGUGCGUUAACUAUUGGAAACACGACCACGAUAUCUUUCUUCUUCUGCCAGGCGGCUGAACCACGCAUCAAUAGCGCUACGGCGGUUCUACGCGGAUUACUGUAUCUUAUUCUCGAUAAGCAGCCAGCCUUGACCCCACAUAUACGAAAAGAGUACGAUAAAGCUGGAAAAGAUCUCUUUGAGGGUGUCAAUGCGUGGCACGCAUUGUCAAGGAUCUUCACUGACAUCCUGAAAGAUCCGCUCUUACAGAGCACUUAUCUAAUUAUUGAUGGACUCGACGAAUGCACCCACGACCUACCCCUACUUCUCGAUCUUGUAUCCGAAAACUCAUCGGUGAAUCCGAAUGUCAAAUGGAUUGUCUCCAGUCGUAACUGGACGGACAUCGAAGAGUCUCUUGAUAAAGCGGAUCAAAAAGUAAGGCUUUGCCUGGAGUUGAACGAAAACUCCAUCUCCGAGGCCGUGAUCAUCUACAUUCACUAUAAGGUUCAGAUAUUGGCAGAGCUGAAGAACUUCGAUGCGGAACUUCUUGAAGCGGUUCGCUGCCACUUGUUGUCUAACGCACUUGGCACUUUCCUCUGGGUGGCAUUAGUCUGUGAGGAGCUCAAGAAAGGAAAAGCGCGAAACGCCUAUAAACUGCUGAAUGCCUUUCCAGCAGGGCUGGAUCCCCUGUAUGAGCGGAUGAUAGAGCAUAUCCAAGACUCAGAGGAUGCAGAAGAUGCAAAUCUUUGCAGGAGUAUUUUAGCCGUCGUUACGAUUGUGUACCGGCCCAUUACUCUUGAAGAACUACCAGCCUUGGUCGAAAUACCUGAUCAUGUCUCCAAAAAAGACCAACAUUUGACAGAUUUGAUUGUGGACUGUGGUUCUUUUCUAAGCCUCCGUGGCCGUACAGUCUCUCUUAUUCACCAAUCCGCAGCAGACUUUCUGCUUAGAGAUGCAUCAAACAAGAAGUUUUCCGUUUUCCCCCAGGGUGUCAAAGCCAAACAUCAGGAAAUCUUUUUUUCGGUCUUUACAGACCAUAUCCGAGACACUUCGACGCGAUAUCUACAAUAUCAAACAUCCUGGAUUUCCAAUUGA